GCAUGCGUCGUGGCUUUCAAGUGAUUGGACGGGGUAGCAACCCGGAAGUAGUGUGUGCGUGCGUGAAGGUCUUCGGCGAUGGUCGGUGUUUAGAUAACACUUCCUUGUUGUGGGUCUGAAGCUGGUGCUAACAAUGGGCGUUAAAAUAGAGGUUUUCAGAAUGAUGUUGUAUGUGUCCUUUCCUGUGACCAUAUUCUGGAUCUCUAAUCAAGCAGAAUACUUUGAGGAAUAUGUCGUAAAGAGAAAGAGGGAGCUCUUCCCCCCUAACGAGGCACUGCAUAGGAAAGAGUUGGAAGACUUCAAAGAGCGAAUGCGUGCUCGUAAGGAGAAGAACAUAUAUAAAAAUAUUUCGGAGGAAUCUCAGAACUGAGGAUUAUGUGUUGAAGAAAUGCACGAGCUCUCAGCACUGAUGCAGGAUUAUUCGGGACUGUUUUUUGGAGCAAAAGAAAACUGAUUGGACUGGAGUAAGACCACAUCUCAUUGGAAGUCUGAGAAGUUUGCAGGAUGAUUUCCUGGGAGUAAUUACACCUAUGAAGCCCAAUAUUUCAUGUUCAAGUGACUGAAUUAUUUGUGUUUAGUUGCUGUGAUUUUGUUAUAUAAUAAAUAAUUAUUUGAAUUAUAUAUCUAGUUGGAUUUUAUAUAAUUACAAUGAUUUAUUUUUGUGAGGUACAGUGCCUAUAAAAUGUAUUUUAUUGUGGAGUUUUACCACAUUGUACUGCAGUGGAUGGAAUGCAACAAACUGAGCCACAUGAACAUACUGUAAUACCAAAACAUAAAAUACAUUUCUGUUAACUGAUCUAAAUCAAAAACAAACAUAAAUCAAAAAGUAGAGGGUUGGACAAGUAUUCCGCUCCUUUAAAUCAGCAUUCAAUAGAGGCACCUGUGUUACUGCCUGCAUUAAUUUUAGUAGCAUUUGUGAAAAUAAAUCUUCCCACAAGUCACGGUUCACGUGCAGACUGCUGCAGGUUUUUGUCAGUGAUGUAUCUGUGUUUUGCUGUAUUUAUUGUAGCCUCUACCUUCUCAAGUCCUCUGGGUCCUUCUGCAGAUAUGCACUACCACCACCAGGCCUCCUGGUGGGGAUAGAGCCUUUCUGGUGAGGGCAGUUUUUCUCAAAUUGAACAUGACCACAUAGAUCAUAUUUGUUCUCACCAGACAAGUGAACAUGUUUCCCCUUUGUAUCUUCUGGCAAACACUAACUGAGCUGUGCAUAAUAUUUUUUUUAAUCAACAUAUCUGUAUUAGAAGUGCAGAGCUAUUUGUUAAAUUGCAGAGGCACUGAAUGUUUCAUUGGGAUUUGUCAGGAGAUGAGUGUAUAUUUUAAAUAAUCACUUGCGUUAUAUGUCAUACCUUGACCAAACAUGAUUGUUCAACUUGGGAUGUCCUAAGACAAUGACAAAAAUGACAGGGGGUUAAUAAUAAUGAUUAUGUAUAUAAGUUGUGUUAACAUGAUCUUAAUAUAUGUUUUUUGCUGGUUUUCUUUCCCCUAACAGAAACAGUAAUUUGCCCAUGUCUCCUGUUGUGCGCCUCAUCUUAAACGUCUGAAUAAAUAUGUUAGCCUGUG